CCUCUCUCCUUUCCCCUCGAGCAUAUUUGCUCGCCGGCGUCGCGGGCCUCCGUCCGAAUCGGCAAAGAAAUCUCCAAAACCCUAAACCCUUCUCCGCUGCUCAUGGCGCCGCCGCCGCCAAAACAGCUUGUACUGGCCGCAUCCUCCGCCGACGCCGGCGUGGCCGCCUGGGACCUCCGCACCGGCGCGGAGGAAAUCCGCCACCGGCCCUGCGCCUCCCGUCCUCGCGCGCUCGCCUCGGUCGCCGGCCGCUUCCUCGCCGCCGCCCAGGCCCCUCCGUCUGGCGGCAACUCCGGCACCGUCCACUUCUACCACUGGGACAAGCCGCAGGUGGCCGUCAAAAGCUUCCCCGCUGAGCCGAUACGCGCGCUUCUUGCGGACCAGGAGGGGAGCUACCUCAUCGGCGGUGGCAGCAAUGGCAACUUGUUCCUUUGGGAGGUGGCCAGUGGAGAGCUUCUCCACACAUGGCAUGCACACUAUCGUGCUGUUAGGUGCCUUGCACUUUAUGACUAUCUGCUUGUCUCAGGAUCAGAAGAUGGUAGCAUCAAAGUUUGGGAUUUGAUCACGGUGCUUGAUGAGCAGUCAAGGUUGGAAGCCCAGACACCAUAUCUCUACAGUUUCAAUCAGCAUGCGCUGCCCGUAACUGAUAUUGCUUGUUUCCUUGGAGCAAUUGCUGUAUCUUCUUCAGAAGAUCGAACAUGCAAAAUUUGGAGUUUAUCAAAGGGUAGGAUGCUAAGAAGCAUUCAGUUUCCCACUAGUAUUGAUUCUGUAGCACUAGACCCAAGAAGUCAUGUUUUCUAUGCUGGUGGUAGAGAUGGGAAAAUAUAUGUUACUGCUAUGGGUGUUGAUAUCAGUUCUCAUGGUAGUGAUGAGUCCUCUAUUCUUGGUGCUUUGGAUGACCACAGCAAGGCAGUAACAAGCCUGGUAUCAAGCACAGAUGGACUUCUACUAGUGUCUGGAUCUGAGGAUGGUAAUGUUCGGGUGUGGGAUACUAGAAGUCAGCAAGUAACCCGAAAAUUCAAACACUCCCAAGGUCCGGUAACCAAUGUUUUGAUAGUAACGCCAAAACGAGUAAAUCUGCCACCACUACACCCAUUACAUAAAGUUUGCUCAGCAAAUGGGGAAGUUGAACCACGGUCUGUAAUUCUGCCUCGGCCUGAAAAUGACGUUCCUAUUCCUGGAAAUCGAACCUCCAUUUUUAUGGAGCGUUACUUGGAUGAACUUCAGUAUGGUGGUUCUUCCAUGUUAUUUGAUUCUGGGCUGAACAUUCAGAAUGGCGCACAAAACCAACAGGGUGAAUGGAGAAGUAGAUACUUGGAGUUGCAGGAUCUCUUUGUGCAUGAGGUCCUCGACCAGAUGCCAUCCUCGAGGAAUCCAUGAUACCAUGCCGCUGGAUGUAUUUUUGUCACUGAGAUGAGAUCCUUGGUGCUACCGAAAAGGUGAUGUUUGCUACUCAAAUGCAAAUCAAGGAAGUCCAUUGAUGUCACAGAUGAGCUCGUUGGAGUAAUGAAUCUGGUAGCUAUGGGUGAACUUUCACUGAGAUAUGUGGGUUGUUAAGAUGUGGCAGAUUAUGUUAGAACAAAAUUAGGAAUACAAGAAUCGUAACAUCGUGCAAAGAUGGGCCCAAUCUGGAGGAUAUCUGGGAAGUGCCAUUUGGGUGGAUUAGAUAUAAAUUAAGAGUUUAAGACAGAUUUGCAGUAGUGUAAAAUGAUGCGGUAGCAAAUCAUUAGGAGCUGCGCGUUUGCUUUGUGCCCGUA